UUUGAAGAUGCCGCUCUUCGGGAAAAUUGUUGUAAUUAAACGGACUGGGACUGAUGGAAUUCAUUUUCCACUCACUGCAAGUUCUUGUUUAUUUGGAAGGAAAAUAGAAUGUGAUAUUCGCAUCCAGUUGCCUCAGGUCUCUAAAGAACACUGCAAAAUUGAAGUAAAUGAAAACAAGGAGGCAAUACUGACUAACUUAAGUACAGUAAAUCCUACGCAACUGAAUGGUGGUUGUUUUCAGCAACCUGUAGCUCUGAAGCAUGGAGAUGUGUUUACCAUUAUUGAUCGUUCUUUCAGAUUUGAAUAUCCUCCCCAAUCAGCUCCAAGGAAGAGGUGUUCCAGAUCUCCAAAAAAUGAAACACUGCAGGUUCUUCAUGUUCAGCAGGUGGCAGAGGUGGAAUUGCUACACAAACAAACUUCAGGAUCUAAAAGUCUUCUUGAUUCCGAUAAUACUGAGUGUGAAGAACAAAAUGCUGAUGAAAAUAAACGAAGUACGGAGGGAAAUAUUUCCAAAACUUUACCCGUCAAGCUACUAACACCUAAAUCUUUAUACAGAGUUCAUCGAUCUAAUAAAAAGGAAAAUGAAAUGUCUCCUUUUAGUAAACUCUAUGAAACACUGAAACAUGAGAUUGAAGUGAAAAAAGUGCUGAAAGAAGGAAAUGUGUCUCAACAAGCUGGAAAAGAAGAUGGCAAGAGUAUAUUGCUAGAACCCAGUGCUCAGACUUCAUCAUCAGGUUAUGCUUACGGUCUUGGAAGCCUGACUAAAGAAAAAGAAAUAGAUGUAAGUGAAGCUAUUGAAGAGUAUAAAAUGAAACAAGAAGUAAUCGGUUCAGAAUUUAAUCCGAUCUCAACUGCAGGCAGUGCAACAAAGAAGAGCUUUACCAGAAGUCCUCGAACUUCUGCUUCAAAUGAGAUGUCACGAGAUAUUGGUAAGAGAAUUCUGUUGCAGGAUCACAAGGAACAAAAUAUUUCAGGGAAAUCUGAUGGUACUGAAGUUGCAACCAAACCAAAUAAGGACAACGAUGGAAAUGCAGCAUGUUCACCUAAGCCAUGCUCUAUAGAACGCUUGGGUUAUGCAGACAACAUAAAAAUAUACUCCUCUGCAAAAAAAAAAGAACAACUAGCACAAACAAGUGCUGUAACAAAUGCGACUAGCGUAGAAACUAGCGUUUCUGAAAUAGAUAAUUGUGUUUUGUCUACACCAAGGCUCAAGAGGAAGAGUCCCCGGUCUCGUUCCGUAUCAUCUACCAAAGUAACUAGUGAAAUGGGUUCUCUAAACACUGAUACUCCAACAGUUCAACACGAUAUAUUGUUGGAAUGUAAGACUUUUUCAGGAAUUGCAGCUGAACCUCAAAAGGAAGACUUAGUGUGCAGAAAUGAUAGCCUGAAACAACUGCCUUUGGCAGAAAAUAGAUGCUUAAAACAAAGACGAAAUAGUAAACAACAUACACCAGGAAAAUCUGUAAAAGAAGAGGUACUGAAAGAAACUUGUGAUCAGGACAACUUUGUUAACUCAAAAGAGAGAGAUUCUGAUACUCCUGCUUCCUCAUCUAAUUCUAAGAGCCCGAGAAGAAAUAGCAGGCGAGGUAAAGAAUUAUCAAAUAAAAGUGUCUAUUCAGAGACACUGACUUCAGAAGAAUUAACACCAGAACCUGCAUCUCCUGCUAGUCAGAAAUCUAGCCCUGGAAGAAAAAGGGGUAGACCAAGAACCUCUGGACCACUAACUAAAAAAGUGCUGGAAACAGAUGCCGCUCAAGAUCAUCAUGAUAAAACUGUAGACAGAAAAGACAAUGGAAGUAAAGAGGAGCUGGCCUAUCAACAGAAACUAGAUUUGGAAGAUGGCGGUGUUCUAAGACCUCGUAGAUUGUCAUCAAAAAGAAGAUCUGGAAGUGCCACCAUACUGAAAGAAGAUGAGGUUGUCACAGAAAUGAGUAUUUCUAGCCUGUUGGAUGAAGAGGAGGAAUUGGGUAAUACAAGAAUAUCUCAAAAGAGGAAAAGUGGCGACUUGUUACUUCAGCCUUUAGGAAAAAGAAAGAGAGUGUCUUUUGGUGGUCAUCUAAGCCCAGAACUUUUUGAUAAAAGUUUACCUCCUAAUUCACCCCUUAAAAGAGGUGCAAUUCCAGCACGACUGAGCUUACCAUUUGGAAACUCCCCACGUGCAGUUCUGAAGAAGGCUCAGGGACUGAAGCGUUUUGCCAUCCAGGAAAUUUCUGAACAUUUGCCAAAACAAAAAGUGUCACCAAAAAAUUUGCUGACCCAGAGGUCUGCUGCUGCUUCAUCCCUUGUUUCUGGAACACCUAAAUUUACUUUAAGCUCUCCAGCACCUUACACUAAAGGACGUUUCUCGGUUUCCCGCGUCACAACACCAUCACCAGUUGCAGAGGAGCAGGAUGCCGUUGCAGAAGAUGUGAAUACCCAGGAGGAAAAUGGUGCUCAAGUAAAAACACUCAAUUUUUCUCACGUUAACCAAGAUGAUAAAACUUUAACAGCUACAACUAACAAAUUAACAAGAAGUGCACAGCUUGCUUUGAAGAACACUCCCAUGAAGAGAAGAAGUGGGGCUGUAGCUGUUAUUAAUGCAAAAAGAAGAAGUGGUGCCUCCAGUGCCAAUUUGCUAGUUGCAAAAUCCUGGGCAGAAGUGGUAAAGUUAGGUGUUGCAAGACCACAAGCAAAAGCCAUUAAAAAGUCUGUCCUAAAAGGAAGAUCAGCAAAGAAGAUAACACAAUCACCAAAGACUCCAGAAAGAAAAGUAAAAGGUCAUUUUAGUACAGGUCAUGCAGAAUCUCCUGCUACAAUAGUUGUUGGCAGAGCUUAUACCACAAGAGUCAGAAUGGCUGGACAGGUCCCUAAAGUGGUAAAAAAUCCUAUCUUGAAACAAAACAUGGAUAUGGAUGAAAGCUUCACAGGAUUGACUGAGUUGCUUCAGACUCCAGAAGAUAAAAGUGGGAAAAGACUACCUUUGUCCGCUGUUCAGAAGACUGAUUUUACACCAAUGUGUACCGCAGUAGAAGUUUCAGAGUUACACACUCCUGAAGAAUCUGGAGAGAUGAUAGUGUCACCCUUGAAUAGUUCAGAUGCUUCAGAACAGAAACAAGAUAGUCAAGUCAUCUGUCACUUUCUGAGAGAUGAAGAAUCUCUAAAGUCGAUGGUUGAUGCAAUCUCCACAAAUACUCCUGAAAAAAAAGAAGCUAUGCUGGAAGAAAAUGUUAGCAUGGACAGUUUGCUGAUAAGUCCAGAAAAACAUACAUCUCCAAUGAAAUUAAGAAUUCAAAGGAGGACUCCAAAACAGAAGCUAGAGCCAGUCGAGGUCCUGUCAGGCAUCAAGCAGCUCAUGAGGACCCCAAAGCAAAAGUCGGAGCCAGCUGAGGUCCUGUCAGGCAUCAAGCAGCUCAUGAGGACCCCAAAGCAAAAGUCAGAGCCUGUGGAGGUCCUGUCAGGUGUCAAGCAGCUCAUGAGGACCCCAAAGCAAAAGUCGGAGCCCGUGGAGGCCCUGUCAGGUGUCAAGCAGCUCAUGAGGACCCCAAAGCAAAAGUCGGAGCCCGUGGAGGCCCUGUCAGGUGUCAAGCAGCUCAUGAGGACCCCAAAGCAAAAGUCGGAGCCCGUGGAGGCCCUGUCAGGUGUCAAGCAGCUCAUGAGGACCCCAAAGCAAAAGUCGGAGCCCGUGGAGGCCCUGUCAGGUGUCAAGCAGCUCAUGAGGACCCCAAAGCAAAAGUCGGAGCCUAUUACAGAUGAAAUUGCCUUCACAAGAUUGCUGAAGACUCCAGUGGAAGGAGUAGAAGAUAUAGCAGGAGUUACUUUAAUUAAGAAAACUCCGAAACUGAAAUAUCAACCAGUAGAAGAUAUGAUUGGGGUUAGCCGCAUUUUCAAGACACCAAAGGAAAAAGUUGAACCAGUAGAAGAUGUGUUUGGAAUUAGUAGGUUAGUGAGGACUCCAAGAGAGAAAUAUCAGCCAGUUGAAGAUUUUGUGGGUCUGAAGAAGCUUAUGGCAGAACCUAGACAAAAAUGUUCAGAUUUUGAAGUGGAUUAUGUUGGAGUUAAGGAGAUGUUUGAUAUACCAGAGGAAAUCAAGGUCAGAUCAACAAAUACUAUGGAUCUUGAGCGAGAAGAUUCUGUACCUGUUUGCACUAAUUCCAAUCAAGAAUAUGAAGACAAAGGAAACUUUUCAGAAGGUGAGGAUUCUCAGCAGACUUUAUCAGCCAGCAAAGACCACUCUACCAAGAGACAAACAAGGGGCAGACCAAGGAAGACAGUACAUCCUGUUUCAGUAAAACAGCGUGAGAAGAUUCUAGAGGAAGAAGUAAAUUUAAAAGAAUUGCAAGCUCUGGAGAAAAAGAGCCCUCAAGAGGGGAUGGGAGAGGCUGGUGAUUCAACUACAGUAGCUAAAAAUCUGGGAAGAGGAAAGAGAACAAAUCUUUGCAUGCAAGAAGGAAUUGUUUCAAAGCACCCUGAUCAUGAAAAAGCUGAAACUAAGUCAUUUGUGGAAUUACGUGGAGCUGCUCAAAGAUCAAGAAGAGGUAAAAAGAAGGAACUUACGGAUUUAAAACAUCAAAGUGAGAGUGCUGAAGAAUCUUUGUCACAAAACUCAGUGCUACAAAAAGAACCUGCAAAUAUAAAACAGACUUUGCAGGAGUAUGAUAUCAAUGCUGUGUUGAUAGCUGAAGAUGGUCAAAGCAUAAAGACAGAAAGUAUGUAUAGUAGCAUUCAAAAUGCAAAUUGUCGACUUCUGCAAACAGAAUUCAAAAAAACUGAGAACAAAUCUAAUGAAAGUAGUAUAGAAAACAAUGAAGAAAUCCUGCUGUCCCCUGGGAAGACAUCUAGAGGAGAGAAAAAAGUAGAAACCACAGAACCAGUUAUUCCACCUAAAAGAGUAAGAAGAGGAAAAAAUGACAGUGUCAAACAAUCUCCUUCAGAGGAGCUUCAUGGGACGGUGAGGAAGCUUCGUGAGGCCCCUUCAGCAAAGAUGAUACAAGGAGAUGAACAGACUGUUGAUAAAGGUAUCAUUGAGACUGCCCCAGUAGAAGAAUCUGAAAUCGGAACUAAACACGAAAUAAAGGUAGUAGAGAAAAGAGGAAAAUCUUUAAGAAAUGCUAGAAAACAUUUGACUGAAAUAAAAACAGAAGCUUGCAGGGUGGCACCUGAAAAUAUGAAAAAUGCUCAAGAAAACAAGGAAACUUCAGUGCAAACUGUUAUUGAAACACGAUCACGCAUGAAAAAUGAGAAUAAAGUAUGUCAAGGAGAUGAAGCAGAAAAUGUGCAGGAAAAUGCAACAGAGGCAUCUCAAACAUUAAAGUCAGAGUCACCUUUUGGAGAAACAAACAAAGCACCUGCUACUGUACUAUACUUGGAAACAAACAGAAGCACAAUACAAGAAACAAACAGAACUAGAAAUAGGAGAGUCAAAAAGGGCUCUCUGGAGAUAAAGACUGAUGAAUCUGCCAAAGAUGUCAGCAGCCUAAAAGUAAUCAUGCCCAAACUUAAGUCAGAAACAGAACUGGAGGAAUCUUCUAUCAAGGAUUCUUUAGGCUCUCCCCAUGUCAAGGAGGACAUGAGCAACUCAGCUGCCACAGCAAUAGCUGCUGCAGAUAAUGACAGUAUUGCUCAUAGCUGUCAAAAGCAGACAGAAAAUGAACAGGAAGUCCAUAAACCUCAUCAAAUUGAAACCCUGCCAGAAAGUCAAACACACGUAAAUGGGACUACAUUUAGAAGAGGUAGAGGGAAGAAAGUUAAUUUUGAACUUGAAGAAGCUAAUGCCAAAGCACUUGGAGGAAAGAGCUUCCUUGGAGAAGAUAAAGGAAUAAUUUAUAAAGAUGGUCAACAUGACACUUCAGAAAAUACUUCUUCACAAGUAAGGAGGAGCAGAAGAAAGCAAGUUGAUUCCAUUCCACCAACAGCUUGUCCUACCUCUACUAAAAACCAAACGUUAAUUGAAGAUCAUAGUAAAGAUGAGACUUUUGUAAAAGAUCAAGAUCCAGCUCUGGAAGCUACACUCUCUUCAACAGAAGAGAAUCCACUGAGAUGGGGCAAAAGAGGAGAGGCUGCUGUAGCAUCACAAACCACUAGUUCUCUUUCUGUCAGAAAAAAACGUGGUUUGCCAGAAGGUGAUGAUAAAAAGAUGGCUGUGAAAGAAGAUCAAAAUAUGGCUUUGGGAAAUAAAACUUCUCAGGCAAAAGCAAAUGCAGCAGCAAGGGACAGAAGGGAAAAGAUUGAUCUAUCAGCAGAGGCAAAAAGUUCAUCUUCUCUCCAGAGAAAAUGUGGCUUGUCAGAAACUGAUGAUAAAGAGGAGAGUUCUAAUGAAGAACAAAAUAUGCCUUUGGAAGUUGUGUCCCCUGCAAAAGAGAAAACAUUAGGAAGGGGCAGAAGGAAAGUAGCUGCUCUGAUGUCACACACAACUAAUUACAUUUCUCUUAGAGGAAGACGUUGUGUGCCAGCAGAUAAUGAUAGGGAAGAGACUCUUAAAGAAGAUCAAAACGUGCCUUUAGAAACUGCUGCUUCAUCUGUAAAAGAAACUCAGUUGAGGAAAGGCAGAAGGAAAGAAGUUGCCCUCUUGUUAGAAGCAACAAGGUCUACUUCUAUUCACGGAAAAGACAGUGUAUCAAAAGAAAGUGGUAAAAAGAAUGCUUAUGGGGAAGCUGAAAAAAUGAUUUUGGAGAACUCUACUUCCCAAGAAGAAAUGAAUCUUUCAAAAGGGAAGUCAAGGCAAAAAGCUAUUGUCACUUCACUGGCUUCUGGUUCCACUUCACCCCAAGGUAAAAUCAGUUUGCCAGAUAGUGGCAAGAAUGAAACUCCCAAAGAACAACAGAGCUUAUCUUUAGAAAUGGUGCCAUCUGCAAGAGAAAAUCUAUCAAGAGCAGGUAGAAAGAAAACAGUUUCUUUCAAAUCUGAAGAAGCUGAUUCCACUUUUCUCAGGGGAAAACGUUAUUUGCCCAAAGACACAGGUCAAAAGGAGACCCUUAAAGAAGGUGAAAAUGCAUCUCCGGAUAAUAAUUCAUCCCAGGAAAGAACAAGGCUAUUGAGGAACAAAAGAAAAAAGGUAGAAUUUGUAUCAGAGGCAGCUCCUUCUACUUCUCUCCAUGAUAAUGGCAACUUGCCAGAAAAUGGUAACACUCCAAAAACUCGAAAUACGUAUUUGAAAUCCACUGAUCCUGAAAAAAAUAAUCCCUCUAGAAAAGGAAAAGAGGUUAACCUUAUACCUCAGACAACUUCCACUUCUCGCAGAAGAAAAUGUCAGUUGUCAGAAGACAACUUAGCAUCCAAAAAAUUAAAAUCAGAGAAUGAUGAAAGUAGAUCUCUACAAAAAGGAAAAAGAAACAAAACUAAAGAAGAGCUUGAUGAAGGGAAUAGAGCAACCCAGACUGCUGGCGGAACAGACAGGAAAACAAGAUCAAGCACAAGAACAAGAAAAUAGUGUUAGCAGUUGCAGAACCAGUUUUUAAAUCAAUUCAGUAUUGAAAUUGCAAUUUUUUAAUGUGAAUUGAUUUGCACUCAGAUUUUAAACACAGAUUUGUAAAACAAUCAAUGAAUUUUGAUAUUAUAGAAAUAUAUAUUUUUUUACAGAUGUAGCUUAGGUAUCUGUUUAAAUAGAUCUGCCUGUAUGUAUAAUGCUUCAUAAAUAAUGGGAGGCUUGUGCAAAACUGCAAUCACACACACACACACAAAAUCUUUCUGUAACUGUAUUUAUCCCUUCUUUCUGUUGAUCAGUGCAGCAGUCAGGAAGUCUUACUACCUUACUACCAGUUUAACUGUAAGUUCUUUUCUGCUUAAAUUUUAAUGUACUUGCAUCUUAUUUUCAUUAAAGUUCUGUAAAUAU